AUGCCAGUUUUCCACACCAAAACCAUCGAGAACAUUCUCGAGCCCGUCGCCCAACAGGUAACUCUCACUUUUAUGUGCUUGUCCGUCUGUGUACGUUUGUUCCGUUUCCCCUGUUCCCCGCACGUCUUCUUUCCGCGUUUUUGUUGCUGGCGCUUUUUCAGUGCACUGUAGUUUCACCGCACGAAAAGAGCGCCAGCAAGUGUUGAUUGAUUGCCGCCUCGUUUUCAGUGCUUCUGCAUUACCGUACUUCCAAUGCUGGCCCAUUUUCAGUGCAUUCUCUCGACGAAAAGAAGUGCAUCGUCUCGCGUGAGCGCGUAGAAAUCGUAAAAAGUGAAGAGUGGACUGUCAAGAGUUCUGUUGUUUGGAUAAUAGUAAAACCGUCUUUCUCUCUCUCUCUCUCUCACUUUUUGUAAGCCAAAAAGCCAGAGAUUGAAGGAAAAGAGGGGAUUUAGAGAUUUCAGUGGAAAAUUUAAAAGUUUGAUGCUAUGAAAAGAGAUUUUCUGCUAAAAAAAAAGCUGUAAAACAUGGUCUCCAGAGCUGACAAUGGGCGCAAGUGCGCCCGCCCGCCUAAUAGAGCGAUACAUUGGCGCGAAAUUCAAAUUUUAACGGUAAAAUUUGUGUUUUUUGCCAGAUUAGCCACGAAAAACCGAUAAUUUCUCUUUUUUCUCUCGAUAGACCGAUUGUAUAGGCUAUUACGAAUUUUUUAAGCGCAAGAGCGUUAAAUUUGGUCAAGUCGCAAAUCACAUUUGUCCGUUUAAAGGUUUUUGGCUAAAACUGCGUGAAUUUCAGUUGCUUUUCGGUAGUUUUCGCGGUUCGAGCGCUCAAAAUGCUUGUAUUUACGUGAUUUAUCAUUCUCAAAACCAAUUCUGUCUGAAAACGGUCAAAAAAGCGCAAAAGAAAAAGUGCGGUUUUUGGCGGCGAAGGCGAAAAAGCAAAGUUCGCGAAAAAUGCGCCAAAACGUCAUUAAUUCUGAGAAUUAGUGUAUUUUCCUUGUCGAACAAUCAUUUUUCAUCGCCUUUGACCACAAAAAUCAGAGAGAACCCCUGCUAAAUUCAUGAAAACGCCAUUUGGCCGAGGCCGCCACGCCCAUAUUGUCAGCUAGAGAGGCCAUCUAAAAGUACUUAAUUGAAAAACCAUUUCUACUUGACAACCAGAUGAAACAGCCUUCUAAUUAUUUUCCUUGUUGUAACUUUAUGUUGCGUUUUUGGAAGCUGAGCCGCCAAAUUUGAAAAAAAUUUAAGAUUUCAAGUUUUGUUUCGGUAUCGUGCCGCACAAAAAAUCGUUCGGAAAGUAUUCUAACUUCUUGAAAUGCUCUCAAAGUUUCAUUUCUCUGUUACUAAAACCGUUGAAACCUGUUCCCCAGUAGUUUUUCACGAUUCACGAUCCACUUCUCCGUAUCCAACAACAUCUGCUCGGACCCUCUUCCAUCCACUCCUCUCCACUCUAAUCCACUGGACCCACUGGCUCAACCAAGUCGUUCCCCCCCUUCCGAUCUGUCAAGUUCAGCUGCACUACGUGCUCGCGAUGGCCGAAAAGAACGCGUCGAGUGUGGACGAGGUCCGUCAUCUCGGCGCCUCAAUGCCCAACCUGGACCGAUUCGCGUCCCGCUCGGCGCUGGCGUUGUCCCGCGCGUCGAGUCGGCGCUCGAUCCCCGAGUACAUCACUCCGGACACGGUGCGCCACGUCGUCGCCGAGGAGGACUGUCCCGUUUGUCAGUUGAUGAUGCCCAAGGGCCCCGACGGUUGUGUACGUUCGCGUUUUUGUCCGCUUCACUGUCAUUUGUCGUUGAAUUUUUCCAGUUUCUACAUUGUUUUUUUUAAAUCCAUUUCCAGACCAUAACGUUUGAAUUUGAAGGUCUCUCGACUGGUGAUUCUUCACGAGGAGGCGAAUGACGGCAAUGCGAUGCCCGAUCUGACCGGACCCGUCGGAAUGGUUUCUCGCGCCGUCGGAAAUCUCAUUCAGGUGAGCAUAUAUUCAUUUUCCAAACUCUUUUUUCGAAACAUAAUAUGGUUCCGCUCUCAAAAAUCACUGGAAAAAAUUGUGUGUUUCACAAAUCCCACUCAUCUUUUCAUCAAUUCUGUUUGGAUUGACGAAAAAAAAAAAUUGAAUUUUUCGCGUUUCAUUUUUCGUCACUUCAAGCUAUAGAAAUAUUUUGGAAAUGGGAGAAUUUACACUAAUAUUUCUAGCCAUUGCCUCUAAAAAGUUCGCGAAACGUUCUAUUACAUGACUCACAAUCCUCACCCCCGCGCAUUUUGAAAAUUUCGCCUCCAGGUGCGGUCACCCGGGGGACUCCGCAAACUCUUUUUCUUGUGCUCACUUUUUGCGCCGCGUCGGCUCCUAAUUCGUUGAAUCAACACGCAACAAUAGAGACAAACACGUCGGCAAACAGGCGGACGGCGAAUUUUUCGAAGAAAAUACAGAGAGAGAGAGAGAGAAAUACUUGCUCUUUAGGCCCCUCUCUCUCUCUAUUACCUUUUUGCUAAUUUCUACGAUGUAUUCUUGUUGCUGUUUCCGACUCAAUUUUUAUUGAUUUUUUUUGGAAAACAAAAGAAAAUGAGUCGAGAAUAUCAUCGAUCGAUGACGUCACUGACACGCUCCAGUGAGGAAUAUCGAUUUUCGGCGCGGCGAUCCAUGACAAAACGGGCGUCCUGGGGUGAUGGGGAGAGACGGAACAAAAAGGUACAUUUGGUUGUCAAUACGAGUUGAAAAGUUGAUUCUGAAACGGGGAAAAAAUUAUCAUUUCAAAAAAAUCGAUAAACUAUUAUUGCAGGUCGGCUACGACACGUGCGACCACUCGGACGACCGUAUCCUCCAACAGGACAUGCCGCCCGCACUCCAACGCGUCGAGGGAUCGUCCCGACUGCUCGAGGAGAGCGCCCUCUCGCUCAAGGUACGCGUUCCCGUCAGCUCGGGUUCGAACCGAACUCGCAUUUGCAGCACGAUCCUUACUCGGUGCCGGCGCGCAAGAAACUGAUUGACGGCGCGCGCGGAAUCCUCCAGGGCACCUCUGCCCUGUUGCUGUGUUUCGACGAGUCCGAAGUGCGAAAGAUCAUUCGCAUCUGUCGCAAAGUGAACGAUUACGUGGCUGUGUCGGAGGUCAUCGAGUCGAUGGCCGAUCUGCAGCAAUUUGUCAGGGUAAGAAUCACUGAAUCUCCUGAAUCUGUGAAAAAAAUGACGUGUGACGAUCCUACUUUCCAAUAUCUGUAUGUACAUCAUUUUACAGAUUCAAGCAAACAUUUACAAUAUUCGAAAAUGUUUCAGGACAUCAGUCCGGUGCUGCAAGACGUCACAAACGACGUGAACGUGCGUCAACAGGAGCUGACGCAUCAGGUGCAUCGGGAGAUUCUCAUCCGCUGCCUCGAUUGCAUCAAAACGAUCGCGCCGGUGCUCAUCUGCUCGAUGAAGACGUCGAUCGAACUGGGCAGUCCGCAUCCCCGUGCCGGACACGCGGAAGCCGUCGCCAACCGUAAUUUCAUGAGUCAACGGAUGACGGAGGAGAUGAACGAGAUCAUCCGGGUCCUUCAGCUGACCACCUACGACGAGGACGAGUGGGAUGCGGACAACGUGACCGUCAUGCGCAAGGCUCUUUCGGCGGCCAAGUCCCUGCUGACGGCGGCGCUCGACUGGCUCGCCGACCCGCAGGCUCGUCCCGGAAGCGUCGGCGAGAAGGCGAUCCGUCGGAUCUGCGAGUACGCGGAACGUAUUGCCGCGCGCGCGCUUCCCGAAGACUCGCAGAGCAUCAAGAGGAGCAUCUUCGAGAUAAAUCAGAUGACCGACGAGAUAUGCGCACUCCGCAACGCCGGGCAGUACGAUCGAGAGAAUCUGGCGGCGCAGACUGCGAGACGGCUCAAGGACCUCGUCGGAUCGCAGCACAGCUCCGGACUGAUGGGCGACGCGCUGCAGAACGCGCAGAGGCACGGAGGCGCGAAUCCGGCACACACUGCCGCCGGAAGACUCGAGCAGGCGCUGAGGUGAGCCGGGGAUUUGAAAGCUACAAUAGCAGUUGAACUUACCGUUCAUUCAAACCGAUGUAUCUCAGCUGCGGGUGCAGAUAUCAAAAACUUGUCAACUGAUAAAAUGUACAAAACGUUCAGAUGCACAUUUUAUCAGUUGACAAUUUUUUGGUGCUUCUAUCGGUGGCUGUGAUAUAGCGUUUUGAAAAACGGUAUUUGCGGUGAUCGGAAUCAAGUUCGAACGGUUUGUGAAACUGAAAAUAGGAGUAAAAGAUGCAAAUUAAAAUGAAUAUGUCGGGAACUAGCCUUGAGAUAUUGAUAAAACAGAAAGAUUUCGCUUGAGGACAAAUCAAAAUUUUAGGUUUCUUUCAUUGGUCGAAACGAUGUAUCUCAUUUGCCAGUGGAGAUAUCAAAAAAUUGUCAACUAUUAAAAUGUUUAUCAAAAAAUUAUGCACAUUUUGUCAAUUGACCACUUUUUGAUAUUUUCACCGGCUAUCGAGAUUACCGCAAAUGCGUUCAUUGUCGAAAAAAAAAUGAGACCAAGUUGAAACGGGAACUUUUCAAAAAUUAGUGUAGAUCUACAAUAUUUCCCAGUUUCACACACUUUUCUUCCUCAAAACCAACCCAAUUGGUCUAAAAAACCGUUUUCAGAUGGCUGGACAACCCGGGACUGGACGACGGAGGCCUCGGACUGAACGCCCUCCGUCUGCUGACUUCGGACGCCCGCAAACUGGCCGACAGACUCAAUCCGCAGGACAGGUCAGUCGAGUUUAGGUUUUCGCUGGCGUACUGAAAUGCACUUAAAUUGAGAAAAGUAUAAUAUAAGGUUGAAACUGUAAAAGUUAGCGUGUACCGUUCAUUUAAAGCGAUGUAUCUCGGCUCGGGUUAGAGAUAUCAAGAAAGUGUCAACUGAUAAAAUGUACAGAAUUUGUUGAUGAACAUUUUAUCAGUUGACUACUUUUUGAUACAUCCACCCGCGACUGAGAUAGAGUAAUUUGAAUAGACGGUACCGUUCGUUAGCACAGAAAACACAUAUCCGUGGGAAUUCUUUCAAAUUUUGACCUGUAAAACGUUUUAUUGUACCCUGUAAAAAUAUUGAAAUAAGUGCAAACUUGUUGAGCUCCAAUUGAAACUGUGCCCUCGGCUUCUCGCACUUUUCCCCUUUGUCUGCCCCCUUCAAUCCACCGCCGCCUUUCUUCCAGAAAUCGCCUGCUCGGCCUGUGCUCGGACAUCGAUCGAAUGGCCGCCCAAUUGGCGGAUCUCGAGCGUCGCGGUCUCGGCAACUCUCCGGAAGCCCAACAAUUGAGGGGCCAGCUGCGCGCAGCCCUCAGGGACCUCGGAGACUUCAUGCGAAGGGUCCUCACCGAUCGUGUCGUCAGUUUUCUUUCUUUUUCUCUGCCAAACAAAAGCGGCUCUUUCACCUUUGUCUUGUGAUUGUUUAGCUAGAAAUUAGGGGGUUUAAACACACAAAAUUCGGCACUUUCAGCGUGUUCAUUUCAACACAAAUAUCAGCCACCUCGUUUCGUUCCUCAAUUUCCUUCGAAAAGUGUUCCCGUUUGCAGGUGGACGAUUUCGCGGACAUCACGACGCCGCUCAAACAGUUCGUGGAGGCCGUGCACGCCGACCAGUUCGAUCCGCAGCGCGAGCCGAACUUCGUCGACAAGUCGCAGAGACUGUCGGACCACUCGCACGCAAUGACCACCACCGCCCGUCUCGUCGCCUCGUGCGGGCCGUCAAAGAGCAAAAAGACGGUCGAGGCGAUUCUGGACACGGCCGAGAAGGUCGAGCAACUCGCGCCGCAGAUCAUCAACGCCGGACGCAUUCGACUCCACAACCCCGGAUCCGAGCAACACUUUGAGAACAUUCACAAGUGAGUGUUUCAGCAAACGUCCUAAAUGAUGUGGAGACCAACGGUAUUCACUUGCAGACAAUUCGCCGACGCGCUCCACCGUCUCCGUUCGCACGUCGACGACGCCAUCGACACCGGAGAGUUUGUGCGCGCUUCUGAGACCGUGAGUGCCCCGUUUAUCUUUGCAUCGAACAGUUUUACUAAUAGUAAAACUCCAAAAAAAUUGAAAAGACCUACUUGAAACUGUAACGUUUUUGCUUUUGCUCCAAAUGAUUCAAAAAAUCAUUAGGACGAGCAAGUAAAGUCCUCAAACACUUUUACGAACAAAAAUCGUGUCGGCACUUGAAGCACGUUUGAAGAAUGCAUUGUAACGUUCAACAACGGUGCCUUUGCACACCGAUUCUCAUUUUACACACUUUACUGAAACGGGGGGAAAAAAUCGAUAAAGAUGCCAUGUUCAUUACACUUGAAAACAAAAAAAAUGUUAGUCUAACGCCGUGUCCAAAGUCACAAUAAUCUAUAAAAUCUGUAGUGUAUUCGCUGUUAAAAGUCGGCAGAGAUUGAACGAAUGUCACCGUAUACCAUAAAACUACGGAAUUUUUUUGAAAAUUUACCCAAAAAAAAAUUAAAUAUUUUUUAAUAUUCUCACUAAAUUUAAGCUUUUCCCAAAAAAUACCGUAGUUUUAUGGUAUACGGUGACAGUAGUUUCAGCUGUGCGCACCCUUUUUUUCUGUAGAAUUGCGACGAACACUACAGAUUUCACCGAUUUUUUUUGACUUUGGACACGGCAUAAACAAGGGUCCCCAGCAGAGUUGAGCGGAAAAACUCAACGGAAGAAUUUUUAUCUUUUUUAGAAAAUUUUUUCAUGGAAUGUGAUCAACUGACGAAAUGUAUAGCAAAGUGAACUCUGCUCAUAGAAAAAUAAUUGUAAAUUUAACUUUUCAUACAAAAAAGUUAUUCGAGUUGUUCCGUGAAAAAAGGGGGCUAACGCAACAACUCGAAUAACUUUUUUGUAUGAAAAGCUAAAUUUACAAUUAUUUUUCUAUGAGCAGAGUUCACUUUGCAAUACAUUUUGUCAGUUGAUCACAUUCCAUGAAAAAAUGUUCUAAAAAAGAUAAAAAUUCUUCCGUUGAGUUGUUCCGCUCAACUCUGGUCCCCAGCCCCUUUCAAUGCAAAAAGAUGUGUUUCAGGCGAUGCGCCGGUACACGAACAACUGCGAGGGCGCGAUCGGAGGCUCCGAUGCGCAGGGAAUGGUGAACAACAGUUCGCAGAUCGCGAGACUCGGCAACCGCGUGCUCAUGACCGCCCAGAACGAGGCCGACAAUUCCGAGGAGCCGUCGUUUGUGAACCGAGUGCGAAGUGCCGCCGAUCAGUUGCACAAUGGUCAGUUUCACGUCCGGCUCUCCAUCAAAACACCGUUUGAACAUUGAAAAAAUAAAAGAGGAAGGUGGGGAGGAAUGUGGGGGCGCCGAUUCUAUUUACUUUGACGUCCGUGCUGCUCCGACUUGCUGGCAGUUUUGUGAAAGUUCGAUCCGAAAGAGAGAGAGAGAGAGAGACCAACUAUUGUUUGUUUCGUGCCUCUUGUCAUUCUACCCCCCAGACUACCACCACCAGAAGCAUUCUUUUCUUUCCUUGCUCUUCACCAUACUUUAAAUUCUCAAUAUUUCCGUUACGUACCCAGUGAUCGAUUGAAGGGUGUAAUGAUGCCGAUAAACCGUUACUCGUCGUCCGUCUCCGAUCAGUACGACUCUUCCGACGAGUACGAUAAUUAUAGUGAACAGAAUUACGAAUGUGUGUACAAAACGAGACUUGUGCCCUUCAAUCCGCAAGUUCUCAUUUGUAAGUUUACAGCAAAAAAAUGAAUGUUUCAAGAAUUUCUAAACAUUUUCCACCGAAACGUUUUGCAGCGAUUCCGCCGAUGGUGAACAACGCGAAGAACGUUGCGCAGAACCCGCACGAUCAGUACGCGGCGCAGCAAUGGCGCGGCACGAACGACCAUCUUCUGAACAGCGUCCGGGCGGUCGGCGACGCCAUUACGGGCGUGCCGGCGAACAACGGAGCCGGCCGACACUCGAGCUAUCAGGAGACGAUCUCCAGACAGUCGCCCUACAAUCCGGUACGUGUCUCGGCAAAAAUCUGAAACUUUCAAGUCGAAGAAGCUGAACGAUGAACACUUGAAGCUGAUCGAUGCUCCUUCUGAACAGAUUUGUGUGUGUGUGUGUGUGCUCUCAAAUCUGUGUGAGCAGCAAAUAUUUGAUUACUAUUUACCACUGAAGAAGAGACGAACAGUUUCAGUGCUCUGAUCUUUUUCGGUGGGGGAAAACUGAUUUGAUUCUGCUUCACACUCUUUCCGGAAAGUUUUGCUUUACAAGUUUUGCCGAUCGAAAGUUCAUGCAUACGGUUUCAAGAGUAUUAGAAGCGAUGAGCCCGUAAAAGUAAACAAUUUUUCAACCUUUUUCAACCACACUUGUGAGAACUAGGCUAGAAUUCUGAAGAGACAAGCGAAAAAAUGAUCGUUGCGAUAAACUUUAAGGUUUCACGGGUGAUCCGAUCGAUACCAAAAUUCUUGAACGUCUUUAAUUUUUUUUGUAACAAAGUGUGACUGGUCCAAGUUUAGUGUCGAUCGGAUUACUAGAAUUGUCUCCAACCUCACUCCUUUCAGCCACCACCAUCGUCGCAAGUGAUCCGCUCGGUGAAUGCGUCCCCGCCGAGCGCGCCGAUCGUGCACAACAAGAUGAUCAUCCGCGAGGACAUUCCGGCGCCACCUCGUCCUCCGCCGCCAGUCGAGCUCUCGCCGCCGCCACGUCCGCCACCGCCGCCAGAGUACGACGAGGAGGAGGAGACGCGCGCCUUCUGGGAACGGUAUCCGCUUCCGCAGGCGUCGCAUCAGCCGAUGCUCGCCGCCGCGCACAACCUGCACAACGAGCUGAAGCAGUGGAGUUCGCAGGAGAACGACAUUGUGGCGGCCGCGAAGAGAAUGGCCAUUCUGAUGGCGAGACUCUCGCAGUUGGUGCGUGGCGAGGGAGGCACCAAAAAGGUAUGAGAAUGGGCGGAAGAGGAAAGAGAGCUAGGCCGUCGUUCAGGAUCUCAUCAACUGCUCGAAGGCCAUCGCCGACUCGUCGGAAGAAGUGACCAGAUUGGCCGUGCAAUUGGCCCGACUUUGCACCGACAUCAAAAUGAGACAGGUAAGCGCGCGAAACAUUGAUUCAUGUUUCACGAAACUUUGAAACUCAAAAAUCGUUUUGUGACAAUUAUUAUUCACGGAGUCGUGGCGGGGUACACUGGCGCAAGUGCGCUCCACUGAAAUUUUCAAAAUUUUUGCUUUGGCCUAAUGCUUUAAGAUAGGGGCGCUACGCAAUCGACCGUCGGCGGAAGUUCAAAUUUUAGUUUUCGAUGUACCCAUGACGACUCCGUGUUAUUGAUUAAAUUUUCGUUUGUAAAACAACAAGACUUGCAGGCUCUUCUGCAAGUUUCCGAGCGCAUUCCGACGAUAGCCACGCAGCUGAAGGUGCUCUCCACCGUCAAAGCCACGAUGCUCGGAUCAGCCAGUGAGUUUCGGAAUUCAACACGUUUUUGCGCAUUUCCUAGAAUGUUUCUCUCAAAACUUGAACACACUUGCCAAUAAUUUCAGACGUCAUCGGCCCAUACGGUCAGCCAGUCGAGGGUAAAUAUCUCCGCAUUUUCAGUGAACAUUAAAAUUGUGUGAUUUUCUCCUCAAAUUCCCCACUAAAAACACUGAAAAAAGCAUGAAAAGCAACAUGAAAACCGUGUGAUUUAACCGAUUUUUUAACACAAUUUUUCCGAUGUUUUUUUUUUGGGGUUUUCCGCAUAAAUUGUCGAGUCUUUUCAGGCAGCGAAGAGGACGAUGAAGCCAUGCAACAGCUGGUGCACAAUGCGCAGAAUUUGAUGCAGUCCGUCAAGGUUUGUGCGAAGAAAUCCAUAUUUUUCUCGAAAAAUCCGAAUUUUUAGGACGUGGUGCGCGCCGCGGAAGCCGCUUCGAUCAAGAUCCGCACCAACUCGGGACUCCGCCUCCGCUGGCUCCGAAAACCAAUGUGGUCCAAUUUCUAA